AUGUUAGAGCCAACGUCAGGCUGUAAUGAUGAUGAGGAGGUUUCAGAGCCAACAACUAUGAUGGUUUUUAAAACUAAGGCGGAACUCAUUGAGUACUAUAAGAAAUAUGGGAAACAGGCUGGGUUUGGAAUAAUGACCCAACGAAGUAGAAUGAAUCAAAAUGGGAGUGUUAAAUACAUAACACUUGGUUGUGCGCGUGGUGGGAAGGCAAGGAAUCGUAGUAUUAAUCUCGUUAAACCAUGUCUAACAACCAAGACUGAAUGUAAGGCGAGAAUUAAUGCAAUCUUGGUUGGUGAGUUGUUGCGCAUAAAUACUGUGGAAAAUGCACACAACCAUGACUUAAGUCCAAGAAAGGCAAGAUCUUUUAGAUGUAAUCGAGCUAUUGAUGAUUCUGUCAAGAGGCAACUAGACAUUAACAACAAGGCAGGCAUAGGUAUGGCAAAAAGUUUUGGCGCAUUGGUUGUUAAGGCUGGUGGAUUCGAUAAACUACCAUCUAUUGAGAAAGAUGCAAGAAAUUAUAUUGACAAUGCCUGUUACCUUAGACUUGGCAAAGGAGGUUUGAUAUCAAGUGAAAAUACUGAAACAUUUGUCUGCUUAUUUGAAACUUGGUUGAAAUGCAUGGAUGGGAGAGCACCAAAAGCUAUCAUCACUGAUCAAGACAGGGCCAUGAAAAAUGCUAUUGAAAUAGUUUUUCCAAACACCCGGUACAGAUAUUGUUUGUGGCAUAUUAUGCGAAAACUAUCCGAGAAGUUGGGUUCACAUUCCCAAUACAACUGUGGUUUGAAGACUGCCCUGCACAAAUGUGUUUAUGAUUGUCAGACUCUCGACGAGUUAGAGGCUUCUUGGGAGGUGGUUCUUAAUAGUUACAACUUGCACGACCAUGUAUGGCUUCAAAGUCUGUAUAGUGAGCGAAUGUAUUGGAUUCCUGUAUAUCUAAAAGAUACAUUUUGGACUGGGAUGAACACAACUCAAAGGAGUGAAAGCAUGAAUGCAUUCUUUGAUAGAUUUUUGCAUUCGGGGACAACGUUGAAAGAGUUUGUUGAUCAGUUUGACAAUGCACUGAGGAAGAAAGUAGAGAAUGAGAUAGCAACAAACUUUCAUUCAUGGAACUGCACAAUCCCGUGUAUAACCCAUUUAGCUGUGGAGAAGCAAAUUCAAGAAUUGUAUACUAACUCUAAGUUUAAGGAAGUACAGUCCCAAAUCCUAAGGAUUAUCUAUUCACAUUGUAUUCUCAUCAAGACAGAAGGGGCAAUUUCGACAUGUCAAGUUAAUGACCAACUGCAAGUCAAGGACUUUAUUAAGCGGGUUACAUAUCAAGUAUACUUCAAUAAGGAUGAAUGUGGGGCGAAGUGCAUGUGUGACCUAUUUGAGAUGAGAGGCAUUUUAUGUAGGCAUAUUCUUGCAAUUUUCUCAGUGUGGGAUGUCUGA